AGGGAAACUAAAGGUCAGUUUCUCGUAGAUCACAUCUGCAACUAUUACAGUUUGCUGGAAAAAGACUAUUUUGGCAUUCGAUACGUUGACCCUGAGAAGCAGAGGCAUUGGCUUGAGCCCAACAAGUCCAUCGUCAAGCAAAUGAAAUCUCAUCCGCCAUAUACCAUGUGCUUUAGAGUGAAAUUCUACCCACAUGAACCCUUGAAGAUUAAAGAAGAGCUCACCAGAUACCUCCUAUAUCUACAAAUAAAAAGGGACAUUUUCCAUGGCCGUUUGCUGUGUUCUUUUUCUGAUGCUGCCUACCUGGGUGCCUGUAUUGUCCAAGCUGAGCUUGGUGAUUAUGAUCCUGAUGAACACCCAGAGAAUUACAUCAGCGACUUUAAGAUUUUUCCCAAGCAGUCACAAAAGCUCGAGAAGAAAAUAGCUGAAAUGCAUAAAAAUGACUUCAGAGGUCAGAGUCCAGCUGUUGCUGAAUUUAACUUGCUCCUGAAAGCAUAUUCUUUGGAAACUUAUGGUGUUGAUCCUCAUCCUUGUAAGGACUCAAUGGGGACGACUACAUUUUUAGGAUUUACAGCUGCUGGAUUUGUAGUUUUCCAGGGGAAUAAAAGAAUUCAUUUAUUAAAAUGGUGUGAUGUCUAUAAAUUGAAAUUUGAAGGGAAGACUUUUUAUGUGUUUGGAGCUCAGAAAGAGAAAAAGGCUGUGCUGUCAUUCCAUACCUCCACACCAGCAGCCUGCAAGCAUCUUUGGAAAUGUGGGGUGGAGAACCAGGCUUUUUACAAGUAUGCAAAAUCCAGUCAGAUCAAGACCAUGUCAAGCAGCAAGAUAUUUUUUAAAGGAAGUAGAUUUCGAUAUAGUGGAAAAGUAGCCAAAGAGGUUGUGGAGGCAAGUUCUAAAAUCCAGAGGGAACCUCCUGAAGUUCACAGAACCAGCAUUACCCAAAGUCGCAGCUCUCCCUCCUUGAACAAGCAACUCAUAAUCAACAUGGAACCACUACAGCCCCUCCUUCCUUCUCCCUGUGAGGAGGAAGAGGUUCCUUUAGAUGAAGGUAUCCAGCUGCCAAAGGAGGAUGAGAUUUCAGUACCUGUGACUUCAAGCUCCGCAGCUGAGAACACUGGGGAGAAUGCUGAUCUUGUCAUUGAACAGGAAGAGAAGAUGAAAGAGGAACCUUUAACUAUCUCAGAACUGGUAUACAAUCCUAGUGCCAGCUUGCUGCCCACCCCUGUUGAUGAUGAGAUUGACAUGCUCUUUGAUACCUGUCCAAGAGUAGAGAAUGAGAAAGAUGAUACAGAUUCAUUUGAGGAACUGGAAGCAGAUGAAAAUGCAUUUUUGAUUGCAGAGGAGGAAGAACUGAAAGAAGCUCGGAGGGCGCUUAGGUGGAGCUAUGAGUUUCUCAUGGGCAACAUAGAGGUGAAUGCCUUUGUGAAGAGUUUCUCCAGACUGCUCCUUGUAGGCCUUGGACUGCUGUUGUUUGUGUUCCCUCUUCUCCUUGUUCUCUUGGAGUCAGACCUUCAAAUCUCUUUUCUCCACGAAAUCCGUCAGACGCCGGAGUUUAAGCAGUUUCAUAUUGAAUAUUACUGCCCCCUUAGGCAGUGGGUAGCUUGCAAAAUAAACUUCAUUCGUGACAUGCUGGGCAGCUUUUAA